AGCGAUACAGCGGAUGGAGACCACAAGCUUACCUUUGCUCCCGAAUCACGGGUAGUGGCGAAGAAGACAUCGGAAGAAGAGAAUGCUGCCGUUGCUCGUGUAGAAGAUGACAAAAAGCCAACCGGAGUAGAUCAAGGAGAUUCCAACAGGACUGGUCGCAUUCUCGAUUGCGAUGGACGU